GAGAAAGUAGUCAAGGCUCAUAUUGAGACAAUAGGAAAAGUUCUUUGCAAAUGUAAUGAAAACCUGACAAAAGAUUAUUAUGAGGAUGUGCCGUCUGAAAUAACUGGUUGUAUCACCGAGUGUUACCGAACACUACGUAAUGCGUGUGCUGGAUCUAAGGCAAAUCAAGACCUUGUGGUUGAGUGUUUUCCUAGCUGCUUAGACUGUUGUGAAGCCACAUUAAAACCCUUUGCUCGAUGUUCACCCGAACAAAUGCGGUCCCACCCGAUGUUGGCUGAAGACAAAGUGAUAUUGCUCAGGUGCUGUGUACAGUUCCUAGGAAAUGUGGUGGCCGGACAUACGGAAAACAGCAAGCUAGUUUGGAGACAGUUUUCAAAAAGCUUUAGAUGUCUGCUGUGUGUAGAGGAUGAAAAGCUGACCCAGUAUGUAUGCAUGGCUAUUCACAGCUGUAUUCAGGGGGGAGGGCAAGAUAACGAUUGGUCAUCACGGCUCGGGACUGACCAGGAUUUCCUACAGAUUGUGUGUGACAUCCUCAGCGCUGUGACUGAUACAGACUUGGAGUGGGGGAUAUACGUGGUGGAGGAUGCCAUGAGGAUAAAGGGGGUUCUGGAGGUUAUUGAUCAACAGCAGUCAGAAAAACAAAGGAUAUUUGCUCUAGAAGUACUUCUAGGCGAGCUUAGAAACAUGUCAGAAACAAGGCACUUAGACUCUGACCCCAGUGGUGGGGUUAAAGCCGAGGGGCCGUGUUUGGAGACUCUCCAGUACCUCAGUAAGGAGGUGAUCACUAAAGCUUAUAACAUCCUGAUUGUGGCUAGCCAGGACACUCAGAUGGACAGUACACCGGACUUG